AAAAACACGAACAUGUGUAUAUUGUUUGGUCAUGUGUCAAUUAACUUAUCGCAGCCAUCACUUGUCUUUGUCUCCUUAUUCCUACCCACACUUCAAUACCUACCCUUCUCGCACCAGUUCACUUUCCCCCUAUGGAACACAAGCAAUUUACUCCAAUAAUAAUUGUAUUGUCCGCAGGUAUCACAUGUUCUGCUCUCAUUAAUGUUAUUAAUGGGACCAUCAAUUACCCUAGUGGUACUACUGCACCGUAUGACUAUGAAACGACAGCUACUUAUCAAUGCAACAAUGGACAUGUAUUUACAAGUGGAGACAGUGUGAGAACCUGUACUGGUGAUGGUAGUACUCCCAGCGGUCAGUGGGAUGGUGCUGCUCCUCGAUGUCCACCUGUGGACUGUGGGACUCCUCCGUCUAUUACCAAUGGAUCUCCUGGGAUACCAACAACCACAACAUUCACAGGGACAGUGACCUACAGCUGUAAUGAUGGCUAUGCACUCUUUGGGAUUGCUACAAGUAUUUGUCAGGCAAAUGCAACCUGGAGCAGACCACCAGAAUGCAGAGGUAUCACUAUUGGUGGUAUCCAAUCUGGUGUGCCCAUCUUAAUUGGAGAUUCUGUUACCAUCAACUGCAUCACUGACUCUCCUGCUGACUCAAUAGUGUUGCUCCAAGAUGACCAACCUCUUUAUGGAACUCAUCAGUCAACCAUUUUGUUGUAUACUAUCCCUCUUGUGUCUGACAACAUUCAUGGAAACACCUUCAAAUGUGAGGCUCUGCUAACAGGGAGGACAAGCUCUUCAGACACCGCCUUUGAUACAGGUACCAUUUUCAUUGCAGUUCCUGAACAACCUAUUACUGCUAGCAUCAGCCCAACUAUCCCUUCACUUCCACUAAUUGGAGAGCCAUACAUUGUGACUUGCACUGUUUCUUUAUUGCCUGGACUAACUCGCACACCAACUGCUCAGUGGCUGAAGGUUACUAUGGGAGAGGAAAUAAAUUACCUUAAUCGAUCCAUUCUCAAUUUCGCUCCACUAAGACCCUCAGAUGCUGGCAGAUACCGUUGUCAGGGAAACGUCACUACUACUGUUCACUCUCAACCUCUCUCAGACAGCAACGAUUUCGAUUUAAUUGCUCAAAUACCAACACCAGGAGUGAAAAUCUCAAAGUCUCCCUCUAGUUCAGCCUUGUUUGCUAACCUCAGUGUGGUAACAUUUACAUGUCAAGUGUCCAUACAUACAAACAUUGAUACUCCUGUCAGUUUGAGCUUGACUUGGACUCGUGAGGUUUAUAGUGAUGAAGAUGAUACAACCACUGAAGUAAUCAUGGUGAAUAGUACAACCAAAGUAAUGGAGAGAAGUUGGACCUUUAAUGAUUUAAGUUCAAAAGACCAGAGAGUGACUUGCAAUGGAGAAUUAAGUUCAGCUAGUAGGUUUAUUCAAGGCAGUAGCAGUAUAUAUGAAGACACGUUAUCUGUUGCUGGUGUGUUUUUGAUGUUCAACGGCAGUGUAUUUAACGACAAUAUUACCUCUGUACCAGCGAGGGAUGUACGUGUCAUACAGUGUCACUCUGACAAGACAGAUACAUUUAAUGAAUACCAACGUGGAUGGACUUUCCCUAAUGGCAGCAAAGUUAUGGAGACAGAUGCACUGGCUAUUGCAACACCCGAGGGAGGACAGCUGGCACUCACUCGACUAGGAAACACGUUCCUGCCAGCUGGAGAGUAUUGUUGCAAGGCUCAGGAUGCCAGAGGAACCAGCCACACCCUCUGUGUGCAUGUGGAGCAAAGUCACUCAGUGUUGUUCCAGCUCAGACUCACCAACAUCAACCACUGUCCUGACUGGGUCGAACAACCAGACAGGAUAACUGCUGUCACUGAAGCAUUGGUGUCUGAGAUCCAAGGCCAUUGUCAGUGUUCCUUUGCUCCUAGUGAUAUCCAAGAGCCAUCCUUCCAAUGCUUCCCGAAGUCAAACCAAGCUGUAACGUUCCGUGCUAUCACUACCUCAACCUUCAUUGAUGAUAUAUCACGCUGGAUUGCUGACGUUGGUUUACUGAGAGUACAGAUGGUUAUCAUACGAGUAGACAAGUCUUGUCAGGUGGAGAUAUCGAGCCUUGCGGACACAGAGUGCAGUGCAGGGAGCAGCGACAUUGCCACUGUGGUCGGUGGAGUGGUUGGGGUGGUCAUUGUGGUUGGCAUUGUUGUCAUAGUGAUUGCUGUACUGGUGUUCAAGAGCAGGAGAGAGAAGCUAACUGUCCACAGAACAACAAAACCUGACCUACCAGGGUCACUAAAGGGUGUAGUCAGUACUGGUGAGAUACAACCAUACGAGAUGAUUGAAAUGGGUCACGAAUACGAGGAAGUGUCCAAGUUCCAACGAGCGGUUGGUGGAGAGUAUGAGAUCAUUAGAGCACCCUCACAGACAACUGGCUCCGAGAGCAAGACUCCUAUAAAGACUGAGCCAUCACCACCCACUCCACCCACUCCACAACCCUCACAAGCGACUAAAGCUGCCGGAAAUGAUAUUGAGUUUACAGAGUGCGUUGCUUACAGCACAACCACCCACAGUCGCCCCCCACAGCCCACAAGCUUAUGAACACUGAAAUACCCUGUAUGCAAACUGACUGUAAAACUGUGACGUAGAAUUUUAUUUUUAUACAUUUACACAUUAAUUUUGUGCAUCUUUUAGUUUGAUCUUUAAUUAAUAUAUA